AUGGAAACGAGUGCGAGACAGCCGAACUUCUCUCAGGAGGAAACUGAUGCUCUGGUCCGGGAGGUCCAGUCUCGCAGUGGCCGGAUAUACGGUCACGCGAACAGACCUCCACGGGUCGAUGAUGCGAAAGCAGCCUGGGAAGAGGUAAGUGCUGCUGUCAAUCAAGUUUGCCCGGACGUGCUGAGAACCGCUGCGCAAUGCAAAAAGCGGUUCAAUGAUGUUAGACGACGGGCUAAACUUAAAUUAUCCCAACACCGUCGCCAGACUGCAACGACCGGAGGCGGCCCCUCAACGAGUGUGGUGCUGAGCCCUGCGGAGGACGUGGCGUCCUCCACACUCCCCAAAAUUAGUAUCGAGGGGUUUGGUGUCUCUGAGGUUGGACUCACGGGUAAGACAAACAUUCUUUUCCACAAAUAAAGACACUAACAUGUAUAUUUAACCACGUGUUACUAAGGUGUGUUGUGUGCACAGGUGAUCUGAAAAAAUGCCAUGCGUAAUGGGAUUGAAAUCGGAACCACCUGUGCGUAAAGACGGAUCAAACAAAGCCUGAUUGUAUUUUCUCCCCCUUUCCGCUAAUGUUUGCAUCUGAAAUGAACUUUGCUCACACAAUUUCUAACUUCUUUAUUCUAAAUGAAAGUAUUAACAUUUUUAAAAAAAGAAUUUCUGUGAUUUACUAAAAUAAAAUUUCUGGUCAGCCUCGGCAGAAUUGCCGCCGUCGCGGCAGCAGCACACCACAAGGGAGGAGGAGGAGGAGGAGGAGGAGGAAGAACAGCAGCAGCAGGUGGUCGGGGGGGAGGAGAAGGAGGGAGAGGACGAAGACGACCGCGAGGAGGAGGACCAGGGGGAGCCGGAGCCGGUGCCGGAGACGCGGGAGGGGGCAGGACGUGGAGACGAGCCAGCAACACGGGGUCGGAGAUGA